UGAAAAUAAAUUCAAAUAAAAUUUUAUUUCGCAAAAUAAAAAGAUGAGAAAGAGUGCAGCAAAGAAGGGCGCCUACGACCCUGGAGAAGAGAGUUACGAAGAAGAGAACUCAAGAGCAGUUUACGAGAGACAUAUUGAAGAAGGAAGAAGACUUGAAGCAGAACUUCGCGAAAGAGAUAGAGAUAUUUAUAACCUCAGGGACGAAGUCAGAUCUCUCAAAAGACACUAUGUUGGAACUACCCAUUACUAUGACAGCGAUAAGAGAGUUCUCGAUAAUGCCCUUGCGAAAGAAGAAGAGCUACAGAAUCACCUUGCCGACCUCCAGAAUGAGAUCGACAGAAUCAAUAGAGAGCAUGAGAAUGCUCAUAACGAGAUUUCUAACGCUGAAUCUGAAAUUAAUGAGAAUGACAAAAACUUGACAAGAAUUGUCGAGACUAUCAAGCAAGUUGAGAAUGAAAUUUGGGAGCAAAAGAAUGUCAACAGAGAAUUAGACAUUGAACUCAGAGAAAAAGAGAGGAUUCUAGAAGACAUCAAACAUUCAUCAGCUUAUGAAGGCCAUAGAUCAGGUCACUACCAUGACAAAAAGAUAGCUCUUGAAGAUGAGGCCAAACGUGCUGAAGAUCAGGUCAUCCUCUUGAGACAAAUAUACGCUAAACUUGUUGAUGAAAGAAAUAGCAAAGAUGCCGAUAUGGAUGCUGAUUCUAGAAAAAAUGCAACCGAGCAGAAGCUUGAGAGACUCAAAGAACAAAUCCUAACAGAUGUCAAAGAAAUGAAGGGUCUUGAUAAAGAGAGAGAAGACAUAUUUAGAGAGAUCCAUGAGCACGAAAGAAAGAAGCAAACUUCUCUCAACGAGCUCUAUCAUUUGAAGAGAAAUAGAGAGGAACUAGAGAAAAAGAACAUUCAGCUAUCUGAUAUAGUCAAGCAGCAUGUCAACAGAGACAGCGAGGUGCAAGAAGCUCUUGAUAAAGCAACUAGGAUCAGAGAUAUUCAAAAGACAUUCUUGUCCAAAGCAAAGAAGAGAUAA